AUGGAUGACUUUGUAGAAGACGACGAUGCAUCUCGCUUCAAGCGUAGUCGCUUUUCAGAUAUUCUGGUUUCAGAUACUAGAACUGUUGUGCAAGCGUACGGGGAAUAUUGUCCGAUUUCCCGCAAUGAGUACAUUUGUCGAAUGGAGAAGCAUAUGGAAAAGACUGACGACAAUGAAAUUUGUGGAGGCGACUGCGAGAAUCGUGCCAUGCAAAUCGAAUGCGUCACGGGCAACUGCACAACAGGUAGAAAUUGUAGCAACCAACGAUUCCAGCGGUCUGCCUGUGCAUCCCUAUUCUUGGCGCAAACUGCUGAAAAGGGGAUAGUUCUCUUCGCAAAUGAGUUUAUCGAGCGUGAAGAGCUUGUGAUUGAGUACACAGGCGAAGUGAUGGACAACAACGAGUACAAGCGAAGACAACAGGUACGACUACGUUCGUAG